UUUGGCCGAGUCCUGGCGAGUCCUGGAACUCGGUGACUCGGCUCGGACCCGGCGAGUCCCGAGUCCAAAACUCGGCCGGCGUAAACAGCCGAAAAAGGCAAAAAAAAAACAUUUAAAAAAUGGUUUUGCUUGCUUUUUUUUUCAUUUAUAUUUUUAGCUUAGUUGUAAAAGGCAUCUCAUUUCAUUCUAUUGAAAAAAUAGGAGGAGAAGAGUGAGUUGUGAGGAAAAAGAAGAGAGCAUAGUAGGGCAACCAGCAAGGAGAAGGAGUAGAAUUUCUUCAACAAAUCACAUUGGGGCAGUGUAAUACUUGCAUUUGGUGCAUCAAAAGCUUGUUAGAGAGGAUUGGAAAGAGGUUGCAUUUCAUUUCAACCUUCUUAUAAGAGGUCUCCUUAUUGGCAAAGCAUGGUUGAUGCCAUUGCUAUUUGUGGGGCGGGUUUCAAAGCCCCUUCUGAUUCCGAGAUAAGUGGCCCAAUCUUGAUAGAAUCAGUGGCUGAUGUAAAAGCCACAUUAGGGGAACAUCGAGAGAUAUGGAAGAAGAAGGGUUGCACCAUCAUGACCGAUGGUUGGACUGAUAGGAGAAAUCGGACGCUCCUAAAUUUUCUUGUUUCUUCUGCAGGUGGCACCAUGUUCAUUAAGUCCAUUGAUGCUUCCGCACAUUCUAAAAAUGCCACUUACCUAUGUGAGGUUAUAGAGGAGGUCAUAUAUGAAGUGGGCGAGGAGAAUGUAGUACAAGUGGUGACCGAUAAUGCAGCAAAUUAUGUUGCUGCUGGUAAACUUUUGAUGGAGAGGCACCCAUCUAUAUUUUGGUCUCCCUGUGCUGCCCAUUGCAUUGACCUCAUGUUGGAGGACAUUGCUAAGAUUGCAUGGAUCAGGACAUGUGUAGAGAAGGCAAAAAAUAUUUGCAAAUUUGUAUACAAUCAUGCAUGGGUCCUUAACUUAAUGAGGCAAUACACGGGGCAGAAGGAGUUGGCUCGUCCUGGAAUCACUAGAUUUGCCACUAACUUCAUCACACUGCAAUCCUUGAUUCGCAAUAAGGCAGCUUUAAGACGUAUGCUUGUUGGUGAGGAGUGGACUUCCUCAUCCUUUGCUACGAGUGCUGCAGGAGUUGAUGUUGCAGAUUACAUUUUUGAUGAGCCAGGCUUUUGGACCCCUUGUGCUGAGAUCGUGAAGGUAAAAUUUUUAAGCAUUCUAAUCUCUACCUUAUGUUUUAAGUUUUAA